GAGCGUCCUCAGCUGCUCCGGUCAUGUGACGCGCUCCUCGCCUGGCGGGGAGGUGGCUGACGCGGAUGUACACCAUAUAGUCCCCUUCCUCCUCUGCUUCGUCGUGGCGUGGUGGCUUUUGUCGGCGGCUCCUGCGUUUGACCCCUCGCAGAAUGGCAGGAGAGAAGCCCAGAAAGAUAGGCGGCAGGCCGGCGGGCGCUGCCGAGAGGCAGGUGACUCUUGGCGGAAGGACACCUCAUGGCCGGAUCUUUUUUGGCUUAAGUCUGAUCCUAUAUAAAGCGCCGCGCGGGCGGUGCCACCUCAUUGUGUGGCUGUUGCUGACAGGAGAGGGGUGCUGGUGUGUGUACGCGCAGCCCUUUCCCGCGCGGUGCGGACCGGAGCAGCCUCCCCUCCCCUGGCCGCCAUGGCUCUUUAAGGGCGGCAGGGCCAGCGGCGGCAUCGGCCAGUGCAGCAGGCGCAGCAGCAGCGGCGGCGGCCUCAGCACAUCCCCGGCAUCUGCAACCAUGGCGUUUUUCAAGGCACCGCACAGCAGCAUUGCUGUAGUCGACAAAAAGACCGUCUACUUGUCUGCAUCUUUUGACAUCAAAGCAUUAAAAACUGACGAAGAUGAGCCUCUUGAACAACGAGAUGCUGUUGGGGGAUUCAUUAUCCCCCUUCAGCCAGCCGUGUUCGGUGGCUGAGGAAAGUCUGGGACUCCUAGAUGACUACCUGGAGGUGGCCGAGCCCCUCAGUUCGCAUGGGUUCUCCAGCGACAAGGCUAAGGCAGUCUCCUCCAAUUGGCUUGCUGUGGACAGUUUAGGCAACACCAUAGAUAGCCAGGAGGAUGCCUUCUCUGGCAUGGAGUGGAUGGUGGAGAAGAUGGAUCUGAAGGAAUUUGAUUUUGAUGCCCUGUUAGGUAUGGAACAUCUGGAAGCCACCGUCUCACCAGACGAGCUGAUGGCCACGUUGGAAGACACGUGUGAUCUCCUAUUUAACCCUACCAUCCAGGAAUUUCACAACAAAGAACCUCCACUGAUAACUGACCUAAUCACCCAUCUCCCUGAAUCUCCAAUUGGAGCAGACCCAAUGGCCCCAUUGGCUUCCCUUUGGUCUUUUCCCCUCUCCCCAGGGUCUCUAACUUCCACUCCAGACCAUUCGUUUAGUUUAGAACUAGGUAGUGAAGUGGAUGUUCUGGAAGGAGAAAGAAAACAGGAGGGCCCCACCUUUGUGGUAGUGAUCACCAAGUCCGAGAAAGAGGAGGAGAACCAUUCCGAUGAUAGCGGAAUAUGCAUGAGCCCAGACUCCUACCUGGGAACGCCCCAGCAUAGUCCUACCAAUUCAGUUGGAUCCCCCAAUGACAACCAGUUCCCUACAGAUGCCACCUGUGGCUCUGUGCGGUCCAAACCCUAUGAUCAUCCUGCAGAGAAGGUAGUGUCAGCAAAGGUGAAGGGAGAGAAGAAAAUAGAUAAGAAAUUGAAAAAGAUGGAGCAGAAUAAGACAGCUGCCACCCGUUACCGGCAGAAGAAGAGGGCAGAACAGGAGGCACUGUCUGGGGAGUGCAGAGAGUUGGAGCAGAAGAAUCAGGCCCUGAAGGAGAAAGCAGAUUCCCUUAGUAAGGAAAUUCAGUACUUAAAAGAUCUGAUUGAAGAGGUCCGCAAGGCCAAGGGCAAAAGAGCUAGAGCCCCUGAGUAGGGUAGUCAGCAGUUUUUAUGUGCAUGUAUAUAAGCUUGCUGCUAAAGCGAUGUAUUGCUGUCUAAUAAAUUAUUUUAUAGUAAACUUGCAA